AGCGCAUAGGGAGCGCCGCGAGGCUUCCUUUGACAGGCGCCCGCCCAACCAGACCGCCUCGCCUCCCGCCACUGGGCGGCUCCGCCUCUGUCGGCCCGGGAGGGAGGGAGGGUGGAAGAGGAGGAGGCGGAAGAGCUGCCGCCGUCGCCGUGGGAGCCAUGACCGGGCCCGCGGCCGCCCCCUAAGGCUCCUUGGUCCUACGUUCGCCCGCCGGCCAUGAAGAGUCCCAAAGAGGAGGCGGAGCCGCCCGCAGGGGACCAUGUGCAGUUGAAAGUGCCAGUGCUCCAACAGUGGUACCACUGGGACUGUGGGCUGGCCUGCUCCAGGAUGGUACUGCAAUACCUGAAUCUUCUGAAUGAUGAUGAAUUUCAGAAGGCUAUUCAGGAACUCCGUUUGACAAAAAGCAUCUGGACCAUUGACUUGGCCUACUUAAUGCACCACUUUGGUGUGAAGCACAGAUUCUGCACACAGACCCUGGGGGUAGACAAGGGUUAUAAAACCCAGUCGUUUUACAGGAAACACUUUGACACAGAGGAGAACCGAGUCAACCAGCUAUUUGCACAAGCCAAAGUCUGCAAGGUGCUGGUGGAGAAGUGCACAGUGACUAUCCAGGACAUCCAAGAACACUUGGCCCAAGGCCAUGUUGCCAUUGUGCUGGUGAAUGCAGUCCUGUUGCUGUGUGACCUGUGCUCCAGCCCAGUCAAAUACUGCUGCUUUCUCCCCAUUGGACAGAAGUGCUUCUGCAGGAGCCCCGACUACCAGGGCCAUUUCAUUGUGUUGUGUGGCUACAACGAAGCCUCAGGGAGUAUUUAUUACAACAACCCUGCCUAUGCUGAUCGAACAUGCAGCACCAGCAUCAAUAACUUUGAGGAAGCCAGGACGAGUUACGGCACAGAUGAAGACAUCCUGUUCAUUUACACAGACAGCUGACACCCGGGACUGGCCCUUCCAGUUUGUCAUUGGCCCAGCCUGCCCAGCACCUCUAUGGGCAGCUAGCUUGUCUCAGGACUCCUGCUACAGAGACUUUGCUCCCAGACUGCAGCAGGAUUGCAAACAAGGGAUGCUUUAGAGACGUUGGUAGAGCUACAUUGCUGUCCUAUCACCAUCUUUUUAUUCUUGACGACGAAAUAGGCUGUGUACAUACACUAUGCUAUAUACAUACAUACGGAUGUGUAUGUAUUUAAUUUUAAUUUUGCACACUUAAGUUUAAAAUGCAAAAUCAGACUUUUUUCCUGUUGGAUGUCAGACCCUUUUCCUUCCCAGGAAUAAAACUCUCCGAAACCAAAUCCAUAUAAUGUUAGUCGUCACUUUGGGGGCAUUUGGAGAAAGGGUAGACACAGGAAGAAGCGACAGAUAAAGACACAUCCUUCACCCAGAUCAUAAUAAACUAUUUUUUGAGUGCGCAGCUAGAUGAAGAAGUCCUUGUUGUCUAAAAAGGAUUCUACAGACAGAAGCAGGCUGAUUGCUACAGCUACUUUUGAAGCAGAGGCGGACGUCUUACCUGUGUUGGCAGCAGGCUGGAAGUGCUUUCAGAAGAUUGGUUUCAGUCGGUGAAAGGGAAAGUUGUUGCAUAGCGAGUGCACUGCCACCUUGGAAACGGUGGUGUGAAUCUGCUCACUGCAUGCCACCCAUUUAUUUUCAGAUACUCUGUUUGCUUCCUCGGUGCAGUUUUUGGGGAAGGGUUGCAGACUCCUGAAUGUACCAUGCUACUUCUCAACAAGUUAAAUAUUUUCAAGAUAAAUUUGGGGGAAGUGCUUUGCUAACUUACCGGUUCCAGCGCCACACAAUUAAAGAUCUUUAAACCUUUGAUUUUAAGCAUGUUGAACAGUGGAAGUGGGGUCAGCACCGCUACCACUUGAACAGUCAUCAUUUGUAGGACUCUGAAGAAAGCUUUCCCCUGCCAGUAGCUCCCAAGUGACACUUGCCGAUGGCCAGCCACAGGCCCAGCCUUACUGUUGUUUUUAAACUGAUACUGCGCUGUCAGAACAUAUCUAGAAACUGAUGUCAUGGCAACAGAAUGAUACUUUAGAAUUCACUUAAGUGUGUGCAGUUGGCAGUAUCAGUACAGGGCUAACAGGUAGGGAUGGAAACUUCAUUAGCUGCUACAGAUCUGUAAUUGGAGACUGGAACUCUAUUGCUAACACUAUUCAUGAACUUCCAAGGCAGAGGCAGCCAGCAGCCAGAUUCAGAACGGAAAUGGGGAAACUCCUCUUAGCUGAGUUGUAGAACAGGUGCUAGCCAGAAUCCACUUUCUACCUCAUCAGUACUACACUCAUGCUCAGAUGGGACUUCCCUGAUUGUUAAAAUAAAAUAAAACUUUUCAUACAGCAUAAUCCAAUGUGUACUUUAUUUGAAAGUAUUGCAAAUACAGAGAAUCGGUGGUGACACGCCUGACAUUAGCCAGUGAACAAGAAACAAAAUUCUGGCAACGAUAGACAAUUGAAAUAGGGAGACACCAGUGGCAAGGCUUCCCUUGAGGAUUUUUAAAGAACUGUGUGCCAUUAAAUGCCACGUUGCUUGGGUUCAAAAUCUUAUCCACCCCAGAAAGUGAAUGUGGUGAGACAAGUGCUCUAAAUCAUCUGAAAAACAAAGAAACCCCAUUGCACUAGAAGCACAGACCUUAAGAACAGGGUAAACAUUUCUCUCCUGCUGUUGUGGCCUUUUAUGGCAUGAUCCAAAGAGUUCUGUGUGUCACUUGGGAUUUCUGAAUUUCUUCUUACCUACAGCUCUUCUGUUUGAGACCAUUUGCAAGGAGUGGGGUGGGAAGAGCAAAGCUCUAAAAACUGUACAGUGGGUAAAAGGUCAGUCUUUACAUUCUCAUUUAUGCUAUUUUUUGUUAAAAUAAUACACACUUUGAACAGUAAAGGGGAAAAUAGUCCUUUCUGCUUAAGGCACUGCUGAAUUCUUUUAAGGCUAAUAAUACUAAAGGGCCAUUUUAUGAUUUUAAAGGCCAGGAGUCAUAGCACUGUAAAAGACACAGGAUUUAAAUGCACCUGUUGUUAAUUAAGUAGAACUGCUUGCUGAUUCUUACGCAGAUCUUUCACAUAAGACAACAGACGUAUAAACCGUUCCCAAAUUACAAUUUUAGAUGAAUCACUGGUAGGCAUGACCACCUCAUUCCCUGAUGUGAUGGAGGAACUGACCCUGGAAGACUAUACAAUUUAGGAGCCUGGCCUUUACAGCCAGUUAAUUUUUUUUUUUUAAAAAAACCCUCAAUUCAGAAAGCGGCUUAAUAACAAAGCAGAAGCUACUACUGGGGAGGGUGCAAGAGCAAACAUUUCUGCAUUGUACAAAGAAAGGUGAAAGUGCAUUCCCUCCAUUAAGGUCUCUCAAACAUACACCAGGCUAAAAAAGCAAGCAAAUGGAUUCAGUGCAAAAUCAAAGGCAAUUCUGAGGGGGGGGGCAUUCCUUUUGUAUCCAAAGUCACAGGCUUGUUUAAGGAAACAUAUCUUAACCUCAUUCUUUUCUUGUUCAUCUGGCUGCUGAAUUCAAGCAAAUAUUCGUCACAACAGGCCUUAAUUCACUCUUGUCCAUAACAAAAGAAAUAUUUUAUGUAGAGAAAUUUUAUACGGAAAAUAUACUUUGUAAUUGAGUCACUCAAUAAAGGAUUAAGCUGUAAUCCAAGAACAAAAUGCAUGCUUCUUCCUUCUUUCGGAGAAGCUGAGAGGCUUCACAGUGGAUAGUUUCUAAAAAGGAAACUUCAAAACUAACUUUCUUCAGCAUCAAGUACCUGGCAUCAAAGUAUAUUGCGUUGCAUGGGGGUGCACCUUCCAUUCAAAGGGGGUGAGGAGUCAAAAUUGCUAUUAGCCAACUGAUUCAUAUGGUGUUCCCAGUAGUAAUGUAUGGCUGCAAGAGUUGGACUGUAAGGAAG